GCGGGCCGGAGAGGAGGGAGGGAGGUCUUGGCUCUUGUCUUACGAAGGCGCUUUGAUUCAGUAGCUGAGACGGCGCGACGCUCACCGGCCACUCCGAAGCUUUGUAACCCCGAGCCUUUACAGAUUCGGACAAAAUAGUUUUCCCCAGUUGACAUCUGCUCAUUUUCGCCUCUGUGCGCACAGUUUCCAAAAAGAGACUUGCCAGAAAUUAACGUCCAUCUAAAAACGUCCCAUGUGUUGUGAUCGCCAAAGUGUCAGAAGAUGCCUAAUGAAGGAAAAAUCAACCACUCAGGGUCCGCGAGUGUGAGCUUGGCACAAACGAGAGCACAUAAGGUGAAGAAAAGCGCAAGAGGCUCCACUCGAUAAGAAGUAGAAGAGUGAAUAUUCAGAGCAGAGAAACCAAAAGAGAGUGGAGGUCAACAAGCCAACACCAGCGAGUCCUCAAAUGAUGGGGGUAAAACACCUCCUGCUUCUUUUGAUUUACUUAGACCCGCUAAAUGUCCUGUGCGCCGCUGCCACCGCCAACAAGAGAAGCAAACCCCCUCCGAGGAGGAACCCGAAGGCGAAAGAGGAGAACGCAAGCACCACUGCUUUCCCCGCCGCCAUCCCGCGGAAAAUCACCCAAGUUCAAGCUCCCUCGGUGGGUCAGCACGAUACCUGCAUGGGCUACUACGACGUGAGCGGCCAGUACGACAAGGAGUUCGCCUGCAACAACACGGACCACCGCUUCUGCUGCGGCAGCUGCUUCCUGCGCUUCUGCUGUGCAGACCGCGGCAAGCGGCUGGAGCAGAAGAGCUGCACCAACUACAACACCCCGGACUGGAUCAAAACCCAGUCUCCCUCACCAGCGCCCACGGGGGACACAUACGACCCAGAGCUGGACCAGACCAACACCACGGUGUACAUCACCUGCGGGGUCAUUGCGCUCAUCAUCGCCAUUGGGAUUUCUGCUAAAGUUGCCUAUGAUAAAGCCACGAAGCCCCCUCAGGAGAUGAAUGUGCACAGAGCUCUGGCGGACAUACUGAGGCAACAAGGACCAGUUUCCGCAUCGCAGUUUGAACAUGAAAACAUGGCAGCCAUUGAUGGUUCUCCUAAAGAUGAGACACCAGUCAGAACCUCGAAGAAUCACUACACACCCGUUCAUGCAAAGACAUCGAACCACGGUCAUUACGGGAAGGAAAAUCUGCGUACCGGAGGACAAGACAUGCACAACUUCAUCUCUUCUGGGUUUGUCACACUGGGACGUGGCCACUUGAAAGCGCAACAAUCCAUAGACGAAUCGGGGCAGAUGUCCUGGCAGGGUGACCUGGACAUUCCCGUAUCCUACGGAAACCACCACCAUGACUACCAGCACAGCCACCUGGAUCUGACUGCGCUCACACCCAAACUGGCCCACAGACAAAUGGGAUACGAUAGGCCCCAGCGGAUGAACAACAUCCUGACCUCAGCCACAGAGCCAUACGACCUGACUCUGUCCAGAUCCUUCCAGAACCUGAGCCACCUGCAGCCUUCAUAUGAGCUGCCUCUCAAGCCUGACUUAAGUAAAUACUCUCCUCACAGACUAAGUGACAAAAACAUGGAUGAUUACUACCCAAGAAAACAUCUUCAUCCUGACUUUGGUGGCCGGGGUCCAACCCACAUGGUGAAGCUGAAUGCUGAACCCCACCAGCACCAGCAACACCAGCAGCGGCAACGUCCCCGACGGGUACAGAGGGCCAUGUCCCAAGACCACGUCCUGUCUCCUCCCAGGACACCACGACGUGGAGAUUACAGCUUAUCAUCAUAUGGCGCCAUGGCAGCUGCAGCAUAUGGAAGCAGCCGCAAUCUCUCAAAUGAGCAGCUGCUUUCGGCAGACCGCCUACACUCCCAGGAUCCACUGCUGUCCCCGGCGAUGAGGCGUGACAAGUUCCGGGAGAAGGCCAUGGCACGGGCAAUGUCACAUGCUGACAUGCUAAUGCCUACCACACCAGUCAUGGACCGCCACAAGGUGACAAAGAUGCACUCCCAACCCAGUGCCUCCAAUGACUCGUACAACACGCUGAUGGUCAACCAUCAUGCUGGCACGUCCACGUCUAAGAGGCAGGCGUUUGCUUCUCGACGAACACACACGGUCGACCACCUACAGUACAUUCCCGGGCACCACCACACAUACCGCACUGCCAGUAAGAAUGAGGUAACUGUUUAACGACAGUGUUAGACGAUUCUUGAAAGGCAACACAAAUGUGAACGAACAAUAUCAGCAUCUGUCAUUAAAACUAUUCUUGUUGUUUUUUAGCACAAGCUUUCUGUUUGAUCCAGAAUUUGGAUGACUAGGAAAAUCCUCGGCAAAUACUUUUUUCACUGAGAGUAUCAUAAGGGCUUUGCGCUUUGACACAAAGAUCCUUCUUGCCGGACAUAUGACAGAGUGAAGAAAAUAUUUUUUAAACUUGACAUAGGACUCGAAGGGAAUUGUAUGACCUUUCUAACUAUAUAAAUAAACUAUAUUUACUAUUUGUAUUUUCAGUCUUUGUUAUAGCUUUAGAGAUACUCAUUAUCUGAUGUAAGCACUUCGAUUGGUGCCUCUUAAAAUUGUCCCAUUUCAAUAAUGAAGGGGAUUUGUGGGUUGAAAAGCACAAUUAAUGAAUUCCCAUUUUUUGGAUUAAGUUUUCUCUUCUUCUUUUACAAACAGCCAGAACAUAUCAGCAUAGACUAAUAGUGAAAACAGGCUAUUUUGUUGCACAUUAUAGAUCAUUGUAAAUAGGCUAUUUUAGCUGCAUAAUACAAUAAAAGUUGGCCCUCUGGACUUUUUUCCAAAGUGAAAUUUUCUGGGCGUUUCCAUUUAUUAAUUUUUAUUUUAGAUAAGGAAAAUUCCCAGAUUAGUAUUAUUUCCACCGAUGUCUACAAAUUAUGUGGAUAUAAUAUGUGCAUUGGGAGUAUGUUUUUGUUUCUUUUCAAAUCCUGCUUGUUGAAUAGAAUGACUCUGUGUGAAAUGGCUGAUUGAAUUUGCUUGACGUUGAUUCUUUGCUCUGUUCUUAAUUGGCCACUUGAUCCAUCUCAACAAAUCAGGCCUUCAGCGUUGUGAAUUAUAUAGGCCGAAUAUUCGUAUUCGGUAUUGAGUUUGACAAAACCAAUCAGUAUGAAGAUGGCGUCACGCUUGAUUGACGAGAUGUCACUUGCCAAUCAAAAAAUUUAUUAAACUGUGAAAUGUU